CUCAAUAAUGGCAAAGAAUUCCUUCCACUGCUCCGGUCUCUUCACCAACCCUCAUCGACCGCUUCACCUUCGGCGCAGUCCUGGGGUCAUGGUUGAAAUGUCUUAAAGACCGUGUCCCGUCCGCUCAUCUCACACCAGUCCUUACCAAUACCUUCUCAUACCAGCUUUGCGUUCCCACCUUCACUUGAGACUUAUUUGCACUAUGGCUGAGGUCAGGAAUGAACCAGCUGAUCCGAUUGUCAGAGGAACUUUUGCAACAGCCAAGCAGUCUUGGUCUGACCUCUUCAAAUGGAAGCAACGAGUCGCUGUCACCAAUGACUAUGGUGAAACAUACUGCGAGUGGCAAUCACCACCGCCUCUGAAGAACCCUAUCAGUCUCUUCGCCAAACUCAGUGGCCGUGACUGGCUCUUCUUCCUCGUCGGUUUAGCAGCAUGGACAGCCGACGCUUUCGACUUCCACGCCCUUUCUAUCCAGACGGUCAAGCUCGCCAAGUACUAUGACACGACUAAGACCAAUGUCACCACGGCAAUCACCCUGACUCUGCUCCUGCGCUCCAUCGGAGCGGCUUUCUUUGGUCUUGCAGGAGACAAGUUUGGUCGCAAGUACCCCAUGGUCGUUAACAUGUUGAUCCUGGGCCUCCUUCAGGUCGCUACGAUCUACAGCACAACAUUCGCACAAUUUCUAGCCGUUCGUUCCUUGUUCGGGCUUUUCAUGGGCGGCGUGUAUGGCAACGCAAUCGCCAUGGCCCUUGAGAACUGCCCUGUCGAGGCACGUGGUCUGAUGUCCGGAAUCCUCCAGCAAGGCUAUUCCCUUGGCUAUGUCAUCGCGGCAUGCUGCAACCUCGGCGUGGGUGGAAGCACCGAUUCCUGGAAAACAGUCUUCUGGAUCGGCACCGGCCUCUCGAUUGGUGUCGGCUUGGUGCGUCUUUUGUUCCCGGAAUCGCAACAGUUCAUCGCCGCGAAACAGGCGGGCAAAGGCAAAACCUCGCCUACCGCAUUCUGGGUCGAAACGCGCAAGAUGCUGGUCCAGGAGUGGCGGAUGUGCCUAUACUGCAUUGUCCUGAUGACCUGGUUCAAUUACUACUCGCACACAAGCCAGGACAGCUACACGACUUUCAUGCUCACGCAGAAGGAACUGAACAACGCCGCCGCCAGCCGUGCCAGUAUCCUCAUGAAGACCGGUGCGUGUGUCGGAGGCACCAUUAUCGGCUACGCGUCGCAGUGGGUCGGACGACGUCGAGCCAUCAUCGCGUCUGCCAUCGUCUCGGGCCUGCUCAUUCCAGCGUGGAUCCUCCCGACUACGGAGCGCAGCUUGUCGGCGUCGGGAUUUUUCAUGCAAUUCUUCGUCCAAGGAGCUUGGGGUGUAAUACCAAUCCACCUCAAUGAACUGUCUCCGCCUGCAUUCCGUUCCUCUUUCCCGGGUAUCACAUACCAGCUGGGCAACAUGAUCUCAUCGCCGUCCGCGCAGAUCGUCAACGCCAUUGCCGAAAGCCAUAUGGUGACCGCCGUUGACGGCGAGCCCGCUCCAGGGUACGGUCCCACGAUGGGCAUUGCGACCGCCAUCAUCGCCAUAGGUAUCGCUGUGACCACGGCAUUCGGACCGGAGCGCCGGGGCAGAAAGUUCGAACUUGCCAAGCCUGCGGGUGCCCAGGAGAUGGAGAUCCGGGGAAAACUGGAUGCCGAGAGUCAGGUCGUUGUUGAGAAGGGUGAGGUCGGGCAGACUGAGAAUGUGGCGGAGAAGAAUUGAACGCAAAAGGUUCGCCACGGGCUACUUCGUCAGUCCUGAGAUGAAGAGACCUUGGCCUACCGAGGUUUUAGUCUCCUCACGGCUGAGACGGAGCCGCUCUUAGAGGCAGGCAAGGUGCAGGUAGUUAAGUAACUUGCAGUAGCUUCCUGCGAGGAUUGCUGGCGGGCCUUGUGGUGUGCGUAACCCAUACCUACAAUGACAGUGGCCUAUCGAGCCCGUCCGCGGUCCAAACAGGUGUUAAGAGCAAUCCUAGUACAGUCC